AUGUUUGGACUUCCUGGUCAAGAAGCUCCACUUCAUAAAGUUCCAGUACUCGGUGAUGCAGCUGUAGGGAAAACUUGCAUUGUCGACUGGAUCCAUAACAAACAAUUUAACCCUGCAACAAUGUCAAAUGUCGGAGUUUCAACAACGCAAGUAACAAUUAAACUAGAUGACAAGGAAGUUCCUCUGAGCUUAUGGGAUACUGCUGGACAAGAAACUUAUAGGUCUUUAGUGCCAUUAUACACUCGAAAUGCGGAAGUCAUAUUAUUAGUCUUCGAUAUAUCAGAAAGGAAGUCAUUUCGGAACUUGGUUGGAUGGAUGAAUUAUAUCAGGAAUGAUCUUGCAGCAACUUGCCCUGUAAUGUUAGUUUGUAAUAAAAUAGAUCGUGAUGGCGGCGUUCCAAGACCAGAAAUUAGAGAAUUCGCUGAAAGCAAUAGUCUUACCGUUAAUUAUACUUCGGCUGUAACUGGCCAAGGAAUUGAAGAAUUAUUUAACGAAGUCGCGACUUUAGUUAUUACAAAAGCCAAACCAAAAAUAGAGUCUGGUCCAAAUCUAGCAAAUGCUCAAAAAAAGAAAGGUUGCUGCUAA